AUGCGCCUGUUCAAACCCAUGAGAUUAGUAUGGGUCGCUCUGAUCCGAGAAGGGGCAUCUCAAGCUCUACCCCCACGCACAAUUGCCUAUGCCGAGCCUGGUACUGAACCAUGGCGUUCAGACCAUGAGCUCCGACGGCGGCAGGACGGCGAAUCUCUGGAAGACCUCAUAUCUGGCACCCUCACCCUCACUAUUGCUCCUGAUGAGACCUGUGGGUUCUACGGAAACGGGCCCACGUACUAUGCCUGCGGUGGGAGUGCCUGCACUUGGGAAUCAGGUACUAUCAACCGUAUGUUUUGUGGCUGGGACAAUCUUGAGACCGCUUGUUUCGACAAGACAGACACAUGCGACAAUUAUUGCCUGAAUGGGUACAGCCGGCAGUGUACGGGUUCCAUCUACACAGUUUGCGAACUGGUCUACUUGGGCGAGGGUAUAUACGGGCAUAACUGUGUCGACACCAAGGUGGGCCUUACUCUAAACACCGCUCGAGGCCGAGAACCAGGAGAUUUCACCACCAUGGUUGUUGUCAAUCGCUCUCAGGUAUCGUUGAUCGUUGGCGACGAUGAGGACUCGGAGACCACGCGCAGUAUCACGCAAAAAGUUGUCUCCGAAAGCACGUCCGAGAGCACAUCAAGCACGAGUACCACAACAGAGUCGACCGACACAGAAGAGAUCCAAAGUACAUCAGCGAACGCAUCACAGCCUAGCAGUUCUGACGGUGGCGUCGAAGUUGGUGCGAUAGAUUCAUGUGCCUCCGUCGCCGCAAUCACCAUGUAA